CGCAACAAAACAGAGGCUGUCCUUUCUGAUCAAUCACCCCAGCCAAGACCACCAUGAACCUUCUAAGGUGCUCCGGCAACCACCUCCGGCGGCUCAAAGAGCUCUGUCGCCGUCAAAUUUCCAGUUCCCACCGCUCUUACCCGUUCUGUUACGACGGCCUUACACCACCACCAUUCGGCCCCCGCCACCACCUUCAGCCUCAUUCAUACCUCCACCGCCACGACGGCUCAUUUCUUCAUUCUCUCCGCUCAACCUCCGGCGAAUCAAAGAACUGCAAACCUCACUGUCUGCAAAGGAAGUCCGACGACAGGUUGGGGAGAUUUUACCUCUCUAUUCUUCUAAGUGUGUGGGGGUUUUUCUUGGUGCGGAAAAAUAAGGCCUACGUAAUUGAGCGCAGAGACAUGUAUUUCAAGACUGUGCAUGAAGGAAUUCAUCUAAAGAUUCCAGCUGUCGAUAAGAUUGUGUUUGGAUUUUCGUUGGAGAGUAAAACUAUACAUGUUCCCUAUCACUCUGCUACAACAGGAGAUGGACAAAACAUAACCAUUUCCUCCAUCCUUAUUGUACAGGUGAUUGAACCUGUUAAGGUUUUGUAUGGAGACCAGAAAGCUAUUGAUGCUGUGAUCGACUUUGUGCUGAACAGGCUAAGGGAGGAGGUUAAGGAUCGGACAUUGGAGGAAUUUACUCGUGAUAGAAAGAUUAUAUGCUUGAAGAUAGAAGUAGCUGUUGCUGAAGUGGCAGCUUCCAGAGGCUUGUUGUGCAUUGGUUAUCGAAUGGUCGCCGUGGUCUACCCAAAUGAUGUCCCGUAUAUGUUGAGGAAGCUGCCGAAGGGUCUUUGCAACGCAGUGUUUAAAAUUGUUAAAUUCUUCUCCGAGGCCAUAUACGGUGUUCCAACCAAUGUCAAAUGGAUGCAGCAUUUUAGAUGAUAUAUUGAUAUGAAACGAAGGCAGAACCAUGGUGGUCUAUUUCUUAGGUUUGCACUUUCAUAUGCUUGGAAGUUAGGCAUGAAUAUCAAGGGAAUGAUCCUUUAUUUUUGGUAACUAAUGUUUGGUACCUAAUUCACUAAUACUAGUGGUUUCUCUGCUGUGACUUUAGAGUUCAUUUCCUGAAUUAUUGUUUUGAGGAGAAAGAGAUCUAUUAGUGCCAAUAUUGGCAUUGCCAUUGAAAGAUCAAUGAUGCUGAUGGAGUAAAUAGUUAUAGUUUUAUGGUGCUUAGCUUUCUUGACAGCCUACGUAGAAUGAAG